AUGAUAUGUCUUCGAGUCCUGCAGGCUAAGACUGCCAAGGAGGUAGCUUUUCACCUGGCUGACACUUUCUGUGAUAAAGGAGAGAAUGUUCAGCUAAUCAAGGAGGUUCUGGAUAUGUGGCCAGAGUGUAAGCUAAUUCACGGGAAACCAAGAUAUUCGCAAUCGCAGAGCUCGGUGGAACUAGCGAACAGCUGGGUGAAAGACAACAACACUACACAAUGGUCGCAAGGACAUCGUUUCGUUCAGUGGCAGAAAAACACACUCUUCCAUUCGGGAAUUGGCAGAACACCUUAUGAAGCCAUGUAUGGAGAAAAGGCUCGUCUUGGUAUUUCCGCAGCUAAUAUACCAGAAGAAAUAAUGAAUGACAUGGAGAUAGAGGAACAGCUUGCAGCAGCACUAUGUUUACCCAAUAAGGAGGAUCAAAAUAUAGAACAGGAGGAGAUAAGUGUUGCAAGCUGUGCCAUUGAUUGCAACUCGUAUGGGCUAAACAUUCCAUGCCAUAUUCCUUCUGCCCCUUGUUCAGUUGUGGUUGACUAUGUUGAUGAGCCUGUGCUCUGUUGCUUACGUAAUAGGAAUCGGAACAUUCAGACUGAACAAAGGGAAUCGAAAAUAGAACCAGAGAAGCAAGUUGAGAAAAUGAAGGAUAAAUCAGUACAGCGUUUCCAGCCAGCCCACGCAGGGGACACUGUCAUGGUUCCCAUUCCACUCGUUGACCGCGGCCGAGAGGAUUUUGCAAAUGCAAAGGCAAUUAUCGUUCAGCUAAUGGACUGCGGAAGUUAUAAACUUGGGACAAAACACUGUUUACUUAAGCAGAUGUACACCCGUAAUCAGUUCACCCUAUGUGCUGAAAAAUUCAUGUCACCCGAUGAAGUAACAAAGGAUCGGGAAGUUUUCUGCGGAAAGUGGCUAUUGCAGAUUCGAUGA